UGCUGUACAGACUGCUGCUGGCUAGGUCGCUCUUCUCUCCCAAUGGAUAAGAAGCUGGAUAUCUUCAGGAGGGAGUUAGUGGAUGUUCACGGUAUUCCUCUCUUCUGGAGCAUUGCUGAGCAGUGGUCCCAAGUGGAGUCAUUUGAGGCCCGACCUGAUGAUCUUUUGAUCUCGACCUAUCCCAAAUCUGGGACAACCUGGAUCAGUGAAAUAUUGGAUUUGAUCUAUAACAAUGGGGAUGCAGAAAAGUGUAAACGGGAUGCAAUCUACAAACGAGUUCCUUUCAUGGAGCUUAUAAUUCCUGGAUUGUCAAAUGGUGUUGAACUGUUGAAAAACAUGCAUUCUCCUCGACUGGUGAAAACUCACCUACCUGUUCAACUUCUUCCUUCCUCAUUUUGGAAAAAUGACUGCAAGAUGGUCUAUGUGGCACGGAAUGCCAAAGAUGUGGCUGUUUCUUACUAUUAUUUCUACCAAAUGGCAAAAAUUCACCCAGAGCCUGGUACCUGGGAGGAGUUCCUUGAUAAAUUCAUGGCUGGGCAAGUGGGUUUUGGCUCCUGGUAUGAUCAUGUGAAGGGCUGGUGGGAAAAAAGAAAUGAUUAUCGUAUCCUUUAUCUGUUUUAUGAAGAUAUGAAAGAAGAUCCAAAGUAUGAAAUUCAAAAAUUAUUAAAGUUUCUAGAGAAAGACAUGCCAGAAGAAAUUGUAAAUAAAAUUCUCUACCAUAGCUCUUUCAAUGUAAUGAAGGAGAAUCCUAAUGCAAAUUACACCACUAUGAAGAAAGAGGAGAUGGACCAUGCUGUGUCUCCAUUCAUGAGAAAAGGCAUUUCAGGUGAUUGGAAGAAUCAGUUUACUGUAGCCCAGUAUGAGAAAUUUGAAGAUGAUUAUGUCAAGAAAAUGAAAGAGUCAACACUUAAGUUUAGAUCAGAGAUCUAGGGGGUAUUUGCUUCUUAAUCUCCUUUGGCUGGCACUAAAAUUAGAGGGGGGAAGGCUCAUUCAUGGAUUAGUGAAAUAAAAUGUUGCAUAUGAUUUUUCUGUAUUUACAUGGCCUACAGACCAAACUUACCAAUAACAAGCAAUAAUUCUCUCCUAGUUCUCUUUCUUAUAGAUAGGUUCAUGCAGUAGUUUUCACCCCACUUUCUGUUAACCAAAGAAUAGAAUUUUAAGAGUCCUUAUAACAUGGCAUGUUUCCAGUUUCUGUUACUUAUAGCUUUCUGAUUCUCUGCACAUGGUCUUCUGUCUCUUAGGACAUAGGUUUUUAAAUGAGGUGGUUUCUCUCCAGGGUUAGGACACCCUCUAGACCAAGGCUACAUGUCAUCAACUCUAAUUCUUCAAUUUAAUCUGUUGUUAUUUUAGAUAUUAAUAUAUCAUGUCUUUAACAUUGCCAAAUUAUCCAAAUUUUUAAUGUUGGGAUCUCCUCUUUCAUCUUAGGGUUAGUUUAGAAAUAUUACAUUUAAAUAAACUAAUCAGUAGUGCAUAUUUUACAGGAUUUAAAGCAAGGGAAAUUAGAGAACUAAUUAUUUUUAUUCUUCAUGUCAUUUACUGAACAUAUUGUGAAAUUUAUUGCAGAAAAUAUUGAGGUUUGUUCAAAAUCCAGAUGGCUACUCUGGGGUCCAAUUUUAUCCAUUAGCAUCACUUCUGAGAUGAAAACUCUGUACAAUUAAUUACUUUCAGUAGCCCUCUUCUUGAAUGGCUUUUGAAUCACAUUGGGGGUCAUUUUGCUAUUGUUCCUUCUGAAAUUAACCAUUCCUAAGUGAGAUAAAUACUCAUUUUUGAACUAUCAAGAGAUAAGAAUUUAAGAUACUUUAAGAUUUGUCUCCAGGAACUAAUGCUUAGUAAAGUAGGGAAACUGAAAGGUAGAUGAAUAAAGUACUGUAUGAUUCCA